CAACUUCCCAACUUGCCCAUCUUGCCCGUUGUACAGGCAGCGCUUGCCGCAUAUACUGCAUAUACCCACAACUAAGUAGGACCGAGGGUCAUAACACGAUGGAGGCGAUCCUUGACUUCUCGAGAGAUUUGGAUGUCGGGCUAUUUGACAUAGUCAUUGUGGCACUCUACUCUGGCUCAGGAGGCGAACAGCAACAACAAGCCCAAAGGGUACUUUCCCAAUUCCAAGAGCACUCAGAUGCAUGGACACGCGUACCUAUGAUUAUGGAGCGGUCUUCAUAUCCGCAGAGCAAGUUCGUUGGUUUGCAGAUUCUGGAGAAGCUCGUCAAUACACGGUGGAAAGCCCUACCGUUGGAUCAACGACAAGGUGUCCGAAACUUUGUCAUAAAUCUCAACGUACAAAUCGCCUCAGACGAGGCCACAGCCCGGCGAGAGAAGACUUAUCUCAACAAACUCAACAUGGCCCUCGUUCAGAUCCUCAAACAAGACUGGCCACAGGAUUGGCCCACCUUCAUGCCUGAGCUCAUCCAGUCCUCACACAAUUCACUCUCGCUCUGCGAAAACAACAUGCACAUCCUACGCCUCCUCUCAGAAGAGAUCUUCGACUAUUCGUCGUCCCAGAUGACGCACGAUAAAAUCGCGAAGCUGAAGACGCAGUUCGCGAACGAGUUUAGUGAGAUCUUCACACUGUGUACGCAGGUGUUGAAAGAGGCGACGAAACCGAGCUUGAUCAAGGCCACAUUGGGGACGCUGCUGAGGUUUCUGAAUUGGUUGUCGGUGGAUUACAUGUUCAGGUCAGACGUGGUAGAUAGUCUCUUGGACAAGUACCUUGAAGCCCCCCAAUUCCGGAAUCUUACUAUCAAAUGCCUUGCCGAGAUGGCCUCGCUUGACGUACCACCUACGCACACAGAGCACAUAAUGCAAGUCUUCUACCGUGUCAUCACGGCCCUCACACACCUCAUCCCUCCCUCGACUGACAUCGCCGCCGCAUAUUCCGAGUCCUCGACGGAAAAUCAAGACUUCAUAUUAUCUAUUGCUCUAUUCCUUUGCAAUUUUCUGUCGCGCCACCUCAAUCUCGUCGAGACAUCCCAAGCAUCAGGAUCACCGCUAUUACUACAGGACUUUGAUCCACUGAAACUUGCACACGGAUAUCUGCUCAAAAUCUCACGCGUAGACGAGAGGGAAAUCUUCAAGAUCUGUGUCGAGUACUGGGUCAGCUUCGUUGGCCCGCUUUACCUCCAAUCCCGAAGCACCAGCGGACACGAAGGGGGUGAAAUGACGGCGACAGCACCAGGGUCGGAGGCGAUCGCUUUCAUCAGGUUAGGGGUCUACGCAGAUGUGCUGUCCGAGUUGAGGUUGGUCGUCAUUGAGAACAUGGCGAAACCAGAAGAGGUCCUCGUGGUCGAAAAUGAAGACGGCGAGAUGGUGCGCGAACAUGUUCAAGAAACAGAUACUAUCGCUCUUUACCACUCCAUGCGCCAACUGCUCGUCUAUCUCACCCAUCUCGGCGUCAAAGAAACGGAGAAUAUCCUGACUGAGAAGCUUGGCAGGCAGAUUGAUGGUUCAGAGUGGAGCUGGAACAAUCUAAAUAGGCUCUGUUGGGCUAUUGGGAGUAUCUCGGGGACUAUGGAGGCUGAAGAAGAAACAUCGUUCUUCAUUGUGGUGAUCAAGAGCCUGCUUGGGCUAAGCGAGAUGAAGAGGGGGAAGGACGAUAAGGUUGUGGUCGCCUCUGCCAUCAUGUACAUUGUGGGGCAAUAUCCUCGGUUCUUGAGGGGUCAUUGGCGGUUCCUCAAGACCGUCAUCCAGAAGUUAUUCGAGUUCAUGCACGAGACGCACGAAGGUGUCCAAGACAUGGCCAUAGAUACCUUCAUGAAAAUUGUGCAGAAAUGUCAUCGCCCACUCGUCAUUCGGCAGCAGGGCGAGCGACAAGCUUUCAUCUUGGAGAUCCUCUCUAUGCUGCAGCGCGUCACAGCCGAUCUAUCCCCUGCCCAGGUUUACUCCUUCUACGAGGCAGUGGGAUACAUCAUCGUUGCUCAUCCAAAUCAGGCUGAGCGGGAGAGGAUGAUCGCCAAGCUCAUGGAGCUUCCCACAGCUGCAUGGGAGAUGUUAGCCGAAUCAUCGACGGAUGUCACUGUUCUCCUCAAGACCGACACACUCCAGAUAUUGGCCAACGUUCUGCGCUCGUAUGUUUCUGCAUGUACCUCCUUAGGCGAGGCUUUCACCAAUCACCUCGGAACAAUCUAUCUCGACAUACUCAAACUCUAUCGCGCUCUCGGCGAUGUCAUAGUCGACAUAAUGGCAAACGAAGGUCAGUCUCGGUCUGCCGAUGUUCUUACCUUGCUCGUCGUCCCGCCCAACGCCUCUACUACCGGUGAUGUAAGCCAUCCAACACCAUCCCCCACGCUAACACGGUGCGUGCCCGUAGGCGAAAUCGCGGCCAAGACACCUCGGGUCCGAUACGCGCGCACGGUCAAGCGUGAGAUCCUGAAGCUUGUGCAGACCUAUGUGAAGAACGUGACAGUCGACCUGGACACCCUUGGCACGCACUUUAUCCCGCCGUUCCUCGACGUUAUCGUGACUGAUUACCAGAAGAAUCCACCAUCGACAAGGGAGGCGGCGGUUCUGGAGGCAUUGGAGGUGGUAGUGACGAAGCUGGAUGCUCGGAUUCAUCCAUAUGUUCCUGCCAUCUUUGAAGGCGUAUUUGAGCCCACGCUGGAUAUGAUCAAGCAGGACUUUGUAGAAUAUCCAGAGCAUCGGUUAAAUCUUUUCAAGCUCUUGAGCUCACUGACUACUCAUUGCUUCCAUCCAUUGCUCAAGCUCAGCCCAUCUCAAUACAAGGCCUUCAUGAACAGCAUAGUAUGGUCCAUGAAGCAUACCGGAAGGGACGUCUCCGAGACUGGUCUACAACUUUGUACCGUGCUCGUGAAUACUUUUGCAUCCAUGGUUGAUGAUAGCACCUUCGCGCGACCGUUCUUCCAGCAGUACUAUAUCACCCUCCUCCAGGAGGUCUUCUACGUCCUCACAGACGGUGGGCACCAGAGCGGGUUCAGGGAGCAAGCAAAGUUGCUGGCGCUCUUGAUCCAUCUGGUCGAGACCAACAGGAUUCCAGGACCAUUGUACGAUGAGAGCAUGCCGUUCAGGAGCAACGCCGAGUUCAUUCGCUCGUACAUCGCAAACUUGUUGAUUACGGCAUUUCCUCACACUUCAAAGGAGAACAUCACGACCUUCGUCGCAAAUCUGUCGCGAUACCACGAAACAAGAGACUACAGCGACUUUAAGGUUGCGCUCCGAGACUUCCUCAUACAGCUCAAGGAGUUCGCUGGAGAACAUUCCGACCUGUUUUUGGACGAACGAGAGGCGGAGACACAGAGAAAGUUGCAGGUGGAGAGAGAAGCGGCUGCUCGGGUUCCUGGAAUGUUGAAGCCCUCGCAGUUGGCAGACGAUGACGACCAAAAUGGAGCGUUUCCGACCGAGAUCGAGUUGUGAUUAAGUGCAAGGGCGGAGCAGGUCAUGUGUUGUAAGAGUAUAAGGUUGGGGCGUCGUGUCAAUGAAGUCUUCAUCUAUUAAGUAUGUUUGUUUUGCUACUAUCUAUCCAAGCGUUAUCCAUUUUUGCUCUGUACCACGUAUCGGCGCGCGAGGCGCUCAUCAUCAUACACUGUGUCGAAAUUUGAUACCAUGCUUUGUAACUUGGCUGCUCGUUCA